AAAAAAAAGAUUGAUAUUAAUAAAUAAAUGGAUACUAAUAAGUUAAGAAGUUCAGGUUAUCAAUUAUCAGACAGAGUAUAAUUUGGUGGUGUUUUUGAGCCAGAGAAAUGCAAAUAGAUAGCAAAGCAAGUGAUGGAAUUGUAUGAUUAAAACAAGGAUGGUUAUAUUGAAUAAAAUGAAAUUGCCAUGAUGUUAUCAGAUGCAUAUAGAGCAAUGAAUAAAGGAUUUAAUCCAACAUCUUAGGAUGUGUAAAAUUGUUAGAGUAUUUUAGACAGUAAGUUUAUGAAUAUCUGAAGGAAAAUCAACUGGACGUGUUCAUACCGAAGAUGUUGAAUAAUUGAUUUAGAAAUAUUUUUCAGGUUAACCACCAGCUUAACCAGUUAAGAGAGUACCAGAGAAAUUAUCAAGAAUAGCAUAAGAAAGAUUAGAAGUAGCUAGACGUAUCUUUAAAUUUGUGGAUAAAGAUGGAUCAGGAUUUUUGACUGAAGAAGAAGUAUAUAAAAUAUUUAUGUAAAGGUACCAGAAUUAUUGAAAGAAACUUAUAAACAUAUGGGAAUGAAUGAUUAUUAACCAACAAAAGAGGAUGUUACUAUUUGGAUUUAGAUGACUGAUACAGAUGGAGAUGGUAAAGUUACUUUAGAAGAUUAUGAAUAAUUGGUUUUAGAUUCAUUAAGAAAAUAAGGAAUCAGUUUGGAAUGAUUUAAUAAAUAAGUAGAAUAUAUAUUAUAGUAAUUGCACUUCAAAGCAAUAAUUAAACUGGACUAAUUACUGAAGGUGAUUCAAGGUAUGUAUUUAUGUAUUGGUUGAGUUUUAAUUUACGCUUCUGUUUCAAUUAUUUCAUUUUUUGACAUUCAACAUAUAAUUCUUACUCAGAAUAAUUACAUUCCUCUAAGAAUUUAUUCAUUUCAAACUCUUUAAAAAAGUUUUCAAGAUCCAAUGAGUG